CUAGAUGUAGAUGAAUGUUCUUCAAGUCCCUCAAAAUGUGGUCCUAACUCAGUCUGCAAAAACCUGCCGGGGAGGUACAAGUGCAGCUGCUUGCCUGGUUUCUCUUCUCCCACUGGGGAUAACUGGAGCCCGGAAAAGCCCGGUCAUUUCUCCUGUACAGACGUCGAUGAAUGCCUCGACAGCGGAGUCUGCCCAGAGCAUUCUGAGUGUGCCAACUCUUUGGGAAGCUACAGUUGCCACUGCCAAGAUGGAUUCAUCUUUAACAACUCUCUCUGCGAAGAUGUGGAUGAAUGUGCCGAUCCCAGAGCUUGCCCGGAGCAUGCGACCUGCCACAACAGUUUUGGAAGCUACUCUUGUGUCUGCAACUCAGGAUUUGAAUCCAGCAGUGGAAACAGGAGUUUCCAUGGCCCAGGAGGGAUGUGUGAAGAUGUGGAUGAAUGUUCCAGAAACUCGACUCUUUGUGGUCCCAAUACUGUCUGCACCAACAUCCCAGGAGAGUACAGUUGCUCCUGCCUGCCUGGGUUCAUUUCGCCUGAGUUUUGGACCCCCAAGCAACCAGAGGCUUUCAAAUGUACAGAUAUUGAUGAGUGCCUGGAUAUGUGCCCUUUCAAUGCAACAUGCACCAAUACCCUUGGGAACUACUUUUGUACCUGUCACCCUGGCUUUGCACCAAGCAAUGGACGGCUGAACUUCACAGAGCAAGAGGUGGAAUGUGGAGAUAUUGAUGAGUGUGUGCAAGAUCCAUCACCAUGUGGCCCCAAUUCUGUCUGCACAAAUGCCCUGGGCUCCUACAGCUGUGGCUGCAUUGUGGGCUUUCGCCCCAAUCCGGAGGGCUCCUGGAAAUAUGGCAACUUCAGCUGCAAACGAGUUCCCUUCAAGUGUAAAGAAGAUGUGAUCCCCAACAAUAAACAGGUCCUGCUAUGCCAAGUGGGAACAGCAGUGGAGCCUGAGGAUGUUUCGUUUUGUGCACUCAUGAAUGCCACCUUCAGCGUUCUGGAUGAGACCUGUGCAAAUAAAACCACGGCCGUUUCUCUGAAGAGUACGGCUGAGAGCUUUGCCUCUGUGCUCGAACAAACAUCCACGUGGUCCAACUUCACCAAAGACGAGACAUCCACGCUGGCCACCGUCUUACUGGAGAGUGUGGAAAGCACCGCUUUGGCAGCUUUUCUGAAACCCUCAACGAACGGCAGUCAGACUAUUUGGACGGAGCACUUGGGUAGGACAUAUCCUUCAUGGCAAGGUCACACCUGGUUGCUGACAUUCAAGGCCUUUGCCCAGCUCUUCAUCUUGGGGUGCUCCUGGGUGCUGGGCAUUUUCCAGGUAGGACCCAUAGCCAGUGUCAUGGCCUACCUGUUCACCAUCAUCAACAGCCUGCAGGGAGCCUUCAUCUUCCUCAUUCACUGUCUGCUCAGCCGCCAGGUACGGGAGGCAUACUGGAGAUGGAUCACCAGGAAGGCCAAACCCAGCUCCCAGUCCCAGACCUCAGGGGUCAUACUGUCAUCCAUCGCCUCCACUUCCAAAGCGGCUUAAAGCCUUUUCUUGCUUUUCCAAUACGGUAUGGAGCAACAUUGGAGAAAAGCAAGUGUCUACAGGAGCCUGUUCCGAAAUCUUCUCUUCCCGGCUUAAUGCAGAAACACAAGAUCACACCAGCCCAAGAAUAUCCUGGGCAACGCAGAGCAUAGAUGGGUGGGCAGUCUCCCCAUCGUUUUGUGUUCUGGUGGGAAAUGAGAGUUUCCAUUCCAGAUGACAAUUUCACCGUCUGUGUCCUGCAAAUCUUUGCCUUUCCAGAGUUUUGUGAAAAUAACAGAUCUCAGUGCAAUGGCGUGAGCAAGAUAAUCUGGCUGCCAUUUUGGUUUUUUCUUAUGUUCAUUGUUGUGUGGCUCCAACCGUACCCCUCUAGCACCUACCACGUGCCUGACACAGCACAAUGCUCAGUAAAGGAUUUGCCACGUGACUGGCUUACCCUUUGACAAACACUAUUCCUACUUUCAAAGAAAUGGUCAGUAAAACUGUAAUGACAGUCCCAGGGGGGCAAACAAAGCACAUAGACAUAUAGGCUACUUUGACAGAAACACUCGAGAGUUAUGUAGGUAAGUAGGAGUGGUUGGUGGAGCAGGACUCUACCAUCUCGUGAAGGGUUGAAACUUGAUGACAACAGCCUUUGGAAAGUGUUUUGGUUUCCUGGGACCUUUUAGGGAACCACCAUUUCCCUUCCUUCCAGGAACUUUUUUCUGAGUUGGCCAGGAUUUACGCUGCUCACAAAGGUAUCACUGUCCCACCUUGAUUCCCCAUAAAGCCUGAAGUAUCAGGGAGAGAAGGAGAGGAAAAUUUUAACUGUAGAAAUCCUCCCUUCAGUGGCCUCUCCAGUACCUCCCUACUCCAAGGGUGGUCCAUGGGUCAGCAUCACCUCAUUAGAAAUGCAGGAUCUCAGACCCCACCCCAGAUCUGCACAACCAGAACUUGAAUUUUACCGAGAUCUCCAGGGAAUGUGUGCUGUAUCCCUGAAUGAAUAUUCUAGAGUAUGCUAGAAUAUUCUUCGGCUUGCCAUGAUUUUAGCCAGAAAGGAAACAUCUUGAGUUUAGAACUUCUACCUGCCACUCCCUCUUCAUAGGACACCUUUCCUGAAAAUUUGACAAAUUUCUGCCCUCACUUUGAGUCUCAGCUUAGUCAUCACUUCCACCAGGAAGCAUGCGCUGAAUCUGAAGUAGGAUUAGAUGUCACCUCUGUGUGUCCCCUAAGGCUCCCUGCUUUUGAGCCCUGUAUUAGAAUUUUUCUUUUUCUAGGGUGUUUCCAACAUAGAUCCAUGAGUCCAGAGGAUUAUAUUUAGUAGAGUCUCCAUAAACAUAGGAUGAAUAAAUGAUUGCUCUCCAUUUUGAAGACAAGGAACCUGAGACUCUGAGAGGUUAAGUAACUUCCUCAGCAUCACACAGCCACAGGUGGCUGAGCUGGGUUUCGAGCUCUUGACCAUGGAGUUCUUCUUCCCAACCCCUUGUCCCUCUCCUCUUCCUUUGGUCCUAUAAAUUCUUAGUUUGGGGAUGCAGAGAAAGAUUAAAUAUUUACUUUGAGUCGCCUUACUAUUUAGGAUUGAAUUAGUUCAGUAAUGAUCAUGUAUAAGACAAUCUGAUCAUGAAACUUGAUGGAGGCUCAGUCUUUGUUAUUUGUGGCACUGACAGCUUGAGAGGGGAGCUGAGACAUCUGAUCAUUUAUGAUAGGUUGGCCUUUAAUGCUUGGCUUGUCCCGAGUGUUCAGUGCAGAGGGGAUAGCAGUAAGGGAUAUUGAAGCAAGAAAUGGCAUGGUUUCUCAACCAUAGCCAACUGUGGUAGGGUGAGUGCGUCAGUGGCCUCAAGGAUGGUCUCCAUCUCUCCCUACCCUUUUCCCUGUAACUGUAACCACUCCCUGCUCUGACUCUGGCUUGGCCUUGAAACGUGCUUGGGGCGAUGCACUUUUAGCAAACAGGAGUCCAAGAGAGGUUUCAACACUGGAUGUGCAUUCCUCCUUGCCCUUUACAUGGCUGGCCUUGCUUGCUUUUGCACUCCUGCCUCCAUGAGAGUGCGCCCAGGCUAACCUGCUGGAGGCAUGUGAAAAACAACUGGAGGAUCCAUCAAUAAAGAUUUUAAAAAACAACAACACAAAAACAAGUGGAGGAGGGCUCAGUCAUCCCAUUAUGGCAGCUGAGACUGUCCUUACCCAGCCACCCAGCCGGCUUGUAGCUGACUAGUCUCAGGAGUGAGCCCGGCCCGAAUCAGCACCUGCCCACCCAUGGACUCAGGACCAACAAUCAAGUAUCAAGGUUUUAAGGCAGAGUUUCGGGAGUGGUUUGCUAUUAAGCAUUUCUGUGGCAAUUGCUAACUGAUGACAACCAACGGGCUGUCAACAUUUUGCAUUUGAUUGCAGCGAUUUGAGUACAAAGAAGGGUUUGAGUCUUCAUUUCCUCUUAGCUAUCAGGAUGUGUAAAUCUGUAUGCUUGAACGAAGUUCUUUCUGACAGGAGCCUCGCACAAAGCUUUGUCUCUACCCGUGUUACAUGUUGCUCUAAUACAGUUGCCCUCAGGAACCCUGUAUUUCCUAUGUAAUUGAAUAAAGCUGUGACCUCCA